AUGCUUUCAUUCUCAGGUCUGGCGUUCAGGAAUAAAGAUGUUGAAUACUUACCUGUGGAUAAUUCAAACAAUGCGGAUCUAGGCCAGGACAACGAAGAUUAUCCGGUGGAAUCGGAUCAUCAUUCAACCGAAACCAGUACCACUACGGUCAUCUAUUGUGACUAUGAGACAAUAUACGGAUCAUCGGAACCCACCCCGAAUGAGGACACACAAAUCCCCGCUACUCCGGAACCAAAAGGAGUGUGA